UGUAAACUAAUUCUGUCAGCACUGAACUAGAACCUUGACAGGGUUGCAAUUACAGAUUCAAUAUUGCAUAAACAUGGGUGCAUUUUUGGAUAAACCAAAAACUGAAAAACAUAAUGCUCAUGGUGCAGGGAAUGGCUUGCGUUAUGGCCUCAGCAGUAUGCAGGGAUGGAGAGUGGAAAUGGAAGAUGCUCACACAGCUGUUGUAGGUAUUCCCCAUGGCUUAGAGGACUGGUCCUUUUUUGCUGUCUAUGAUGGUCACGCGGGAUCUCGUGUUGCAAAUUAUUGCUCCACGCACUUAUUAGAACACAUCACUAACAAUGAAGACUUUAGGGCGACAGAAAAACCUGGAUCUGCUCUUGAACCUUCAGUGGAAAAUGUCAAGAGUGGGAUCAGAACUGGCUUUUUGAAAAUUGAUGAGUAUAUGCGCAAUUUCUCAGACCUCAGAAAUGGGAUGGACAGAAGUGGCUCAACUGCACUGGGAGUUAUGAUUUCACCUGAGCAUGUAUACUUUAUCAAUUGUGGUGAUUCACGUGCUGUUCUCUAUAGGAAUGGACAAGUCUGUUUUUCAACACAGGAUCACAAACCUUGCAACCCAAGGGAGAAAGAGCGAAUCCAGAACGCAGGAGGCAGUGUAAUGAUUCAGCGUGUUAAUGGCUCAUUGGCAGUUUCUCGAGCACUGGGGGACUAUGACUACAAAUGUGUUGACGGUAAAGGCCCUACAGAACAACUUGUUUCUCCAGAGCCUGAGGUUUGUGAAAUUUUAAGGGCAGAAGAAGAUGAGUUUAUCAUCUUGGCUUGUGAUGGAAUCUGGGAUGUAAUGAGCAAUGAAGAGCUCUGUGAAUUUGUUAAGUCUAGACUUGAAGUUUCAGAUGACCUGGAAAAAGUGUGCAAUUGGGUAGUGGACACUUGUUUACAUAAGGGGAGUCGUGAUAACAUGAGUAUUGUACUAGUUUGUUUUUCAAAUGCUCCUAAGGUCUCAGAGGAGGCAGUGAAAAAAGAUGCGGAGUUGGAUAAGUACUUGGAAUCACGGGUUGAAGAAAUUAUGGAAAAAUCGGGUGAAGAAGGAAUGCCUGAUCUUGCUCAUGUUAUUCGUAUUUUAACUGCGGAGAAUAUCCCUAAUUUACCACCAGGAGGUGGUUUAGCCGGCAAGCGUAAUAUUAUUGAAGCUGUGUAUAGCAGGCUGAAUCCACACAGAGAGAAUGAGGGGGACCCUGGCGAAGCUGAGGAAAGUGGAACACAGGGAAAAUUGGUGGAAGCGCUCAGGCAAAUGAGAAUUAAUCAUAGGGGGAACUACCGCCACCUCCUGGAAGAGAUGCUGACUAGUUACAGGCUAGCUAAGGUGCAGGGAGAAGAGCGCGCUGCUGAAUCUGCUGGAGCGUCUACUUCAGAUGGACCCAGUGACCCCCUGCCAGACACCCACACAGAAUCUGGGAAUCGCCUUGCUGAAGUACAGAGCUCAGACGAAGAUUCAGGGAUGAGUGAGCUGAGUGAUAAACAGACGUAAUGUUUUACGUAGCGGAUUUAACACUUCGCUUCACUUGGCAAAUUUUCCUUUGUUUAUAUCUGAACAUUUGUCACAUCUAUCUUCGAAAUCUGUUUUUACUUUUAGUUAUUUGUACAGAUUGUUUAUACAAAGCUUUCUUUUCCUUAGAAGUUCCACUACCAUGGUACAUUAUAGUAUUUGCAUCUUAUGUUUUGGAGCAAGCAGUUAACUUCCUAUUUGAGAUUUUUUUUAAAAUCCUGUGACACC